AUCGCGGCUGACCGCCAGAAAACGUUCUACUAGGGUUUACGAACAAGGGCGGCGAUCGAGGCGAAUAGCAACGACCGAGCGGAACUCCUUUCGCCGCCACCAAAUCCAGUCUGCUCUGAUGGCCACCGUCCCUGGCCCACUCAUUUGGGAGAUUGUGAAGAAGAACAAUGCGUUCCUUGUGAAGCAAUUCGGUAACGAUACUGCCAUGGUGCAAUUUAGCAAGGAGCCAAACAAUCUCUAUAAUGUCAAUUCCUACAAGCACUCCGGGUUGGCAAACAAGAAGACAGUGACCAUUCAGGCUGGAGGGAAGGACCUGUCUGUAGCAAUUGCGACAACUAAGACAAAGAAGCAGAACAAGCCUGGUAGCUUAUAUCACAGAUCAGUCAUGAAGAAGGAGUUCUGUAAGUUGGCAAAAGUUGUUAUGAACCAGGUCACUGACAACCACUACAGGCCAGAUCUGACCAACUCAGCUCUAGCGCGGCUGAGUGCGGUACAUCGAAGCCUUAAGGUUGCCAAGUCUGGCGCAAAGAAGAGGAACAGGCAGGCUCUUAAAGUGAGAAACUAAAUCAAUGCUUGUGUCCAUGGAUGGUCUUAUUUAGUUGUCCUUUAUUUGGUUUUUGGUUCACUAAGUUUUCGUGGAAGAAUUGCUGUCACCCGGAAUUUUGAUGACUGGUUUUCUAUUGUUGAUUUCAUUGCAAGAGUUUUCAUAAUCUAGUUUUAUUUGAGAUGACCUUUAAUAUUUGGCACAUGAUCUUGAUACAAACAA